AUGCUCCCGUAUGCUGACUGCAUACAAAAGUACAUUGAAACGAACGAAAUUACGAAGCGCAAACUGGCGGAACUGACAGAGGCGGAAGGUUUGCCAAUUCACAUUGGAUCGGUCUCGCAGUCAUAAUUUACAGAACUCCUAAAGAAAAACCAGGAAGAUUUGAAGCGCCAAGAAGAUAUCGUAUCCAAAUCGCUUGUAAAAACGGAGAGAGAUGUCAUCGAUCAGAAAGAAGAACUUCAGCGUCAGAAGCGAUUCGUGGACGAUGUGCGGAAAACUGCUGAAGCCAGCCAGAAAAAUCUGGCAGAAGCGAGAGAAGAGAAUGCGACGGAACAGAGUAUAAAGACGGAAGCGCAGGAGAAGGUGAUUAAAAGUGAUAUUCGUGCGGGGUAAUGAUGUCUUUCAGGUGAAAGAAGCCGAGAAAAUGCUGAAUGAUUUGGAGACAAUCCUGAAAGAGAAGGCUGACGUGGAAUCUACGGAGAUAGACAGAAUGGAAAAUCUGGUCGCUUUGUACUCGGUAAAUCAAAACCUGAGGGUUCAGUAA